CUUGCUUUCUGCCCAGCCCAAUCCUAAAACGUUGAAACCCAAAGCCCAACUUGCAAAAAUUCAAAGCCAAGCCAAACCCAGCUCAUUCAAACCCUCAACCUCCCAAUUGCAUCUCUCUUCCACACAGCCGCCCACACUCCGCCGCUUCCUCUUCUUCCUCGUUUUCUUUUCUCCAAUAUUCCACACUCCGCCGACUCUCUCUUCUUCCUCGUGAAACAAACCCCAAUCUCCAACUCGCCAUCAACCCUCAACUCUCCCUUUGGCGGCAUCUAUCUAUGGCCAACGAUCACGGUGGAGACGUCGAUGGUGAUAUGCUCACAACGCAGCGACACUGGUCGAUUUUGGAGGCGGCGAGCAGGCGACAACUUAGCCAAGCUCUCAAGUCGAGUCUCUCCCACUCUGCUGAUCCAACUUUGCCGUCGUCGACGUUUGGAUCUUCGCCCACAGUGCAUGCCUCCAUCGCCAACACUUCAUCACUGUCAUUCGUCGCGUCCCUUGUAUCACCACCGAUGACGGAUAGAUCUUCCUCUUUCUGAUGCGAGAUCGCCUCGUAGAUCUAGGAUUGUGAAUGAUCUUUUUUUUUGUAGGAAGGACUGUGAAUGAUUUUUGUUUUGUAAGCAGGAUUGUAGACUGUAAUGAGAGAUCUCAUGAGAGAUUGAGAUGGAAGAUGAAGAUGGAAGAUGGAGCCAGAAGAGAGAGGGAAGAUGGGGAUGGUGUUUUAAUCGAGAAAAGGUAGGCUCUGAUAGAGGGAAGAUGGGGACUUUCUGUGACCCACUGACCUGCCAUUUUUUUCCUCUUCUUUUAAUUAACCAUAAAAUGAAACGCUGGCGUUUGGGGAUAUAGGGACCAUUUCUUGUUUUUUGGGUUGAAAACGGUUUUCCGGUCAAAACUGGACCAAACCGUAUUGCAUCCAAUCCGGUUUGGUUAAAACCCUGUACCAAUCCAAUCCCGUCUUCAGUUAUGGUUAUGUCCAAUCCGGUUUAAAAAAACCGGGUCAAUCCGGUCCGGUCUAAACCAAACCGGACUGUUUCCCAGCCCUAUUAUAUAAUACUUGAUUAGGUCUAGCAAGAUCUGCUAGCAGUAUUAUCUUGAAAUGGUAUUAAUGCUAAUUUGAGAAAGAAAUUAGAAGGAAGAUGCUUUUUCUUGCUUCCCUGGCUUAUGUAUUUAUAGCUAGAUGGGUAUAUAUUAUAAGAUGGAAAAAUAGUCGAAGUUAAACAAAUAGAUCGAUUUAGAAAUAUUGUUCAAUAAUCAGUACAAUUAUUGAGCACAUAAAAUAUUAUUAAAAGCUAGGACUUGGUGUUAAUUAAGCAAAUAUUUUUGGUUUUUGCAUUGCUGUAGCAGUUGGAGCAGGCAUGCUUCCAUCCAUCAUCCUUCCAUAUAUCCACUUGCAUGGAUCGACUCUCAACGGCCGCCAAUUACUCUAUUUUCAAAGACUUCAAAAUUUUAGAUCUAUUUCUAAAUAGACUUGAAACCAUUCUCAAUGUGGCUCUGCCACUAAUUGGUAAUAAUUAACAUUUUAUAUAUACGUCCAAAAUUAUGGACGUUUCUGACAAAAAAAAAGAGAAUAAUCCUAAUAACCCGUAGAUCUUUAUGGAUGAAACUUAGCUCUUAGUUGAAGUAUAUUGAUUUCUUUUUAAUAUUUUUAUAAUUACACUAUAAUUCGAGAGAUCACACAAGACACUGUUAAACCUUGCUUGCAUUGAACCCGAGAGUUUGUUCAAAAAUCAAGCUAGAGUUAAGAGGAGUUGUAAAGGGUUUUGAUUUGGCGUGACAUGCUAGGCACAAAUUUGUUCGCAUUGAGCUUGAUUCACUGUGCGCGGUCCAGCUUCUACGGAGACUGAGAUGCUGAUCACCCUCAUGUUUCUUUUAUUAAAAGAUUUCGAAAUUGUAUAGAGCGAGAAUGGAGAAUAGAAAUUUUGCAUAUCUACAGAGAGCGUAACAAGUGUGUUGAUUGUUUAGUAAGUCGAGGUCACUCUUUAAACUUUAGUUACAUUGUUUUCCUGUAACCAAUCCUAUAAUGGAUUAAUAGAUUUUAUGCGAAUUUCCCAAAAAAAAAAAAAACUUUUGUGCAAGACAUGCCAAAUUUCAAUUUCCCCCCCCAAAUUUAAAUUGGUUUUUUACUUUUUAGAGGUCGAUUGGAAGUUGCGAUUGUUAAAUAAGUCUAUUGUUGUGAAUACAUAUAAACAUUAUAUAUGCAUUGGUGAAUUUGAUGCAUCGUAAAAUACAUCGUUUGGUACGUGUGGUUGCGUAUGUCACAUAAGGUAAAAGCCGAAAUAAAAUAAUCUCAACUCAAGUAUCUUAACAAUGUCAACUAAAAGCUGAGAUUGAACAAUCAUUCAUUUUAAAUGAUAAUUUCUGUCAUAUAAAAAAAAACAAUCAUCUAUAUAUUGUGUCUGCUAAAAAAAUAAAUGAUAAACAAUACAAAUAUAGUAACAAUCUCACAAUAACUAUCGCAAUUUCCA